AUGAAAACCCUCGACACGACGGCUUAUUCGAAACAAUUAAUUUUUAAAACGGAUUCGGACGAAGAUACGGAAGAAUGGAAAAGAAAAGAUUUGAAGGAUUGGACUAGUAAUGACGUCAUGCAUUGGAUAGCAAACGUUGCUGAAAGUCAAAAAUUUCCAUACGAAUUUAUAAAUGCCAACGCUUUCAACGUGGAUGGUAAAACUCUUUUAUCGUUGACGAAAAAAGAAUUUUUAGAAUCCGAUGAAAAAUAUGGAAAUUUAUUAUAUCACGCACUUCACAGAUCCAUGCAUAAAUUUGAAGACAUAACAUCCCUUUACAAAUUUGAAAAUGGUAAAAACGAUGUUAAAUUGGAAACUCUGACGUCAUCAUCGAACAUGCCACAAGAUUUUAUAUCCCCGCUAACAAUGAAAAAUUCUGAUAACGAACCUUUUUCCUACGGAUUGAUAAGACCAUCGGAAACGUAUUCGAACGAAUUGAAUAAUAAUAAUAAUAAUAGUGCGUCGGAACCAUAUCCGUUCGAAUUCAAUUUGACGAGAGUCGUCGAAAAUUCGACGACGACGACGUCGACGUCGACAACGUGCGAAGACGGAAAAUCGGAUUUGUACGUGUCCUCCGACACGGAACAAAGCGACGUGGAAAUUAAAAAACAAACGAAAAAAUUUGUUAACGGAAAAAGACCGCCGGGAAGACCGCCCGGAAUGAAAGGGAAAAAGGAAAAAGCGGAAAAAAAAAGUGGGAGACUUUGGGAAUUCAUAAGGGAUUUACUUUUGGAUCCGAAACAUUGUCCGAGCGUUAUUUGUUGGGAAAAUCACGAUGAUGGAGUUUUUAGAUUUGUUAAAAGUGAAAAAGUUGCUAAAAUAUGGGGGGACAGAAAGGGAAAUGAAAAAAUGAAUUAUGAAAAAUUAAGUCGAGCCAUGAGGAGUAAAGUUUUACAACCGGUUUUGGGAAGGAGAUUGGUUUAUAAAUUUGGACCGACAGCAAAAGGUUGGAAAACGGAAAAUCCUAAUUUUAGACAUUGA